CAUCUGCCUUGGACUCACAUUACUUGGUAUCAUUCAACACCAGAACGGGAUCUAUUAAUUGCGGACAUGGCAUCCGAUCAGGUUUUCGAAGGAUGGUGCGGCCUUGCACCAGAUGCCGCCCAAGGCAAGAUGGUUUGGCAGGGCUACGAGCCCAAGCCUUUCGAGGACCAGGACGUCGAUAUUGAGAUCGACUGCUGUGGUAUCUGCGGCAGUGACGUCCAUGUUCUCCGCUCAGGUUGGGGCGCAACAGAUUACCCAGUCGUCGUUGGUCACGAGAUCGUCGGCAAGGCCAUCCGUGUCGGUAAGGACGUCAAGAGCGGCAUCAAGGUCGGAGACCGUGUCGGUGUCGGUGCUCAAUCUGGAUCUUGCCACCGAGGAGACUGCGACGAAUGCCAGAACGACGACGAGCAAUACUGCAAGAACAACUUCGUCAUGACUUACGGAGCCAAAUGGCCAUCAGGUCACAAAGCAAUGGGUGGCUACGCGAAAUACUGGAGAGGUGACGGCCACUUCGUCUUCGCCAUUCCAGACGAGAUCCCAUCCGAAGAAGCUGCUCCUAUGCUGUGCGGCGGUGUAACAGUAUACGCACCACUGAAGCAAAACGGAGUCGGACCCGGCAAACGUGUCGGCAUCAUCGGUAUCGGAGGACUAGGCCACAUGGGUCUCAUGUUCGCCCGCGCCCUCGGCGCAGACAAAGUCGUCGCCAUUUCCCGAACUUCCGAGAAGAAAGAAGACGCCAUCAAAAUGGGAGCCGACGACCUCAUCGCAACUGGCGAAGAAGGCUGGAAUGAGAAACACAAGAACUCCCUCGACGUAAUCGUCUCGACCGUCUCUUCUCCCAAACUUCCACUCAUGGGCUACCUCGACCUCUUAGACGUCGGUGGCACUUUCGUUCAAGUCGGAGCUCCUGAUGACCCGAUUCCAGGGUUUUUGGCAUUUGCUCUCAUUAUGAAGAAGGUGAAGAUUACUGGUUCUUUGAUUGGAAGUCCCAAGGAAAUUCGGGAGAUGUUUGAGUUGGCGGCGAAGAUGAAGGUUAAGCCUUGGAUUCAGAAGAGGCCGAUGAGUGAGGCUAAUCAGGCUGUGGUUGAUUUUGAAGAUGGGAAGCCGAGGUAUAGAUAUGUGCUUUGCAAUGAAAAGAGGGAGGAGUAAGGUACGGGUGGAUAUUUGUCCUGAUAUGAAUAUCGUCAUGGUAUCAGACGAGAUUGGGAGGAUGGGAUAAAUGAGAAAUAUUAUGAAAC